AUGGCUGGUAGCGAGGAGCUGCAGAGACACCGCGACAGCAGCCACUUGCUGCUGCAGCAGGUUGCUGCCGUUGCUCUUCCAUCUCUGUUUGCUGCUGCUGCUGCUGCUCGCGGAGACCAUGCAGCAGCAGCAGAUGCAGCAGCAGCAACUCCAUCAGAAGCAGCAGCAACGCAAGCACCAGCAGCAGCACCAGCAGCAGCACCAGAAGCAGCAACAGCAGCAGCAGCAGCAGCAGCGGAUCAAGCAGCAGCAGCAGCAGCAGCACAGCAAGUCGCGAGGGCUUUUUUGUCUGCGUCGGCGCCCUUCGGAUCUCUUCUUGAAAGCGAGCGCUUUCAUGUGCGGCAGUUGCUGGCUCGCAGACCUGCUCUGCGCUUUUCCCGCUUUAGGGUUUAG